CGUGCCGCCCGCAGGCGCGGGACGGCGCGGCCGGACAUGGGGGAAGGGGAAGCCGGUUCGCCGCCGGCGGCUGAGAGGAAAGGGGCGGAGGAGGAGGAGGAGGAUUUCGGCUACCGGCUCUUCCCGGACCGGAAUAAGAAGCCGCAGAGCUUCCUGGUCCGCAGCCUCUUCACCUUCCACAAUAAGUGCCAGCUGAUGCUGAGGCUGACCCUGGAAACGAAUCCAUAUGCUCGACUUCUCCUUGAGGCUCUGAAGCAAUCUGGUUGCACUGUCUUCAAUGACCGGCACUUUUCUUGUGAAAACUGUGAUGGCUGUGUCAGUGGAGGUUUUGAUGCUGCGACAUCUCAGAUUGUUCUGUGUCAGAACAACAUUCGCCAACAAUCCCACAUGAACCGGGUGGUCACACAUGAAUUGAUUCAUGCAUUUGAUCACUGCCGUGCACAUGUUGACUGGUUUAAAAAUGUCAAACACUUAGCAUGUUCAGAGAUUCGAGCUGCUAAUCUCAGUGGAGACUGUACUUUGAUGAAUGAAAUAGCCAGGUUUAAAUUUGGAUUGAAAGGGCACCAUCAGACUUGUGUACGAGACAGAGCAAUUCGUUCCAUUCUGGCUGUUAGAAAAGUUAGCAAAGAAACAGCAGAAAAAGCUGUGGAUGAAGUUUUUGAUGCCUGCUUCAAUGAUCUGGAGCCUUUUGGAAGAAUCCCCCACAGCAAGGCAGAUGCAAAACGUGCUUACAGAGACUUUCAGAACAGAGAUCGCUAUACUGCUAAUUUGUAAGGGAGGGGGAAGAAAAGCCAUGUGAGAAAUUGUAUUAAUACCUGAUUGUUCAGUAACAUGUGGAGUUAUAGUCUAUGCCCACAGUGCUUGUGGAAGCAGCAAAAUCUGUCAAACAUAUAAAAUUAAUUUUUCAUGAGCCAGCUUCUGUGGAAGUAAAUGGGGUAAAUGAACACAACUAAAAACAGUGCUUCCUCACCUGUUAUUCCAGAAAGAUAAUUUAGUAUGCCAAAUGACUCUUCAAAUACAAUUCAAUGUGCUUUUAAUUUUUUUCACUCUGUCUGACUAGGACUUGGUUUCUGAAAAUUUUGUUGUCACUGAAUAAAAAUUUCCAUAAAAUCA